UCCUGCAUAUGCUACCAUUUUAAUUCUUGAACACUUUCACCAUGGUGCGGUCCUCUCCUUUCCUGGCAACGGCUCUUGCUGUACUUGCAAGUGCCCACGAGAACCAGCUCGACACCAGACAAUACCAGGUCACGCCGAAUGUGGACUCGAAGAAACUGCAAGACUCCAUCACGGAGGCUGCUCUGAAGCAGAAAGCCCAGGAGCUUGAGGCGGCUGCGUAUGAUACUCCUGAGCGGAAUCGUGUCUUUGGAUCUCCGGGACACGAGAACACUCUCAAGUUCAUCGAGGAUUACCUAGGACAAGAGAAGGACUUUUGGACAUUCAGCCGGCAGCCAUUCACUGAGCUCUACUCUCAAGGUUCCGGCACCUUUUCCGCCGGGAAUGUCUCGUACCCACUAGGUGUCUUCACCUACUCAUCAUCGACUUCGGGUUCAGUCACAGCCCCCAUUGUAGCUGUCGCCAAUGUCGGGUGCAAUGCUACCGACUACCCAGCUGAGGUGACGGGCGCGAUCGCUUUCAUCUCCCGAGGCACAUGUCCGUUCUCUGAAAAGUCCACUCUGGCUAAGAGCGCCGGUGCCGUCGGUGCUGUUAUUUACAACAAUGUCCCUGGCACUCUCGCCGGAACCCUCGGAGGUGCUGGAGAUUAUGCGCCAACCGGAGGCGUUUCCCAAGAAAAUUCUACUGCCAUUCUCGCAGCACUGCCGCUGCAGGGGCAACUCCAGAUCACCAGUGUUGUGGAAAACCGGACGACCUAUAACAUCAUUGCGGACUCGACGAGUGGCGAUAAGAACAACGUCGUUGUGAUUGGUGCUCAUACCGACUCCGUAUUUGAUGGUCCUGGCAUCAACGAUGAUGGCAGUGGAACGAUUGGCAUCUUGGAGACUGCCAUUCAACUUUCGAAGGGCAAAUACGAACUCAAGAACGCGCUGAGACUUGGCUUCUGGUCGGCCGAAGAAUAUGGUCUUCUCGGUUCGGAGUACUACGUCAACACUCUACCAGUCGAUGAACGCGAAAAAAUCAGGCUUUACCUCAACUUUGACAUGAUUGCAUCGUCUAACUGGCAGUAUGCUCUCUACGAUGGUGAUGGAAGCUCCUUCAAUGUCUCCGGACCACCUGGGUCGGACAAGAUUGAGCACUUCUUCCAAGACUGGUUCCGUGCACAAGGCAUCCCGACGAAAGAUUCGGAGUUCAACGGACGUAGUGAUUACGGCCCAUUCAUUGCCGCUGGUGUUGACAUUCCAGCCGGCGGCAUCUUCACUGGCGCUGAAGAGGUCAAGACUGAGCAAGAAGCGAUUUGGUGGGGCGGACAAGCUGGUGUCGCAUACGAUCCCAACUACCAUCUGGUCGGCGACAACUACACGAACCUGGCGUUCGAGCCUUUCCUGAUCAAUACCAAGGGUAUUGCAGCCUCAGUUGCGAAGUAUACAAUGGAUCUGAGUGAUAUUCCACUCAGAGCCUCUGGCGCCAAGGCCAAGAGGAGAGGUAUUGACCGCCACCCGCAUGCUAAGAAGAAUGCGAUGCACGCUCACACGCACCAACCUGGUCUACAAUGCGGUGCUCAGCCGAGAGUGUCGAUGUAAUAAUAGUGUAGAGCGCAUAGAUUGCAGCUGGUGGUACUAAAGUGGAAUAUAUCGACUCAUGCCCC